AUGUCUCCCACUCCUGCCAACAACGCUCUCGCUUCCGUUCAGCCUGACCCGCAGGGCCCUCUCACGAACACGGACAACGGAGACGCCCCUGGCAACGUUGAAAGGGCCGCAUCGCCCACGUACGCGCAGGUCGCAGCGCGACCUCCGUCCCCCAGGACGAGCGUCAGCUCCACUAUCGCUGGAGAGAAGGGCACGGCUGCGCCUCCCCCCACUCCCCAACCAAUGGAGAGCCCAAUCUCAGCCCCGUUCACUCAGCGCGGAACGGUUCCUGACGAGGACGACGACCUCGGAUGGACCACAGUCGCGACCCCGAAGAAGUUGAAGAAGACUAAAUCCAAAAAGAACAAAGGCAAAGGGAAGGAGGCUGCCCCAGCGUCGCCGAAGAACGCUCAGGCCGCCCAACCCCUGACGCCUGUCGCCUCGCCCAAGAGCACCGAACCGAGGAAACGCAGACGCAUGGACGCAGACUACGGCGAUGAAGAUCGCGCGACUGACAAACGUCAGGAAGCCCCCCUGAGCCUCUCUCUAGCGUCGAAAUCGCCUCUCCUAUUCGCGCUGAGCUCCCCGUCUCCCUCCUACCCUGCUGCGACGGCUACACCUGACACCGACGAACGCCAUGGCGACGGGGAUGACAUGGCUGUCGACCCUGAGCUAAUGCCCGGCUCUGAUAACUCCGACCUCCAGUACGCUGCCCCCCACGAGGAGACGACUAGCUGGGACGGAGCUCGAGGCAACCGCUUCGAACACCUCGUCGCUGAAACGCCCGGAUCGAGCACCAGGUCCAGCAGGAAAGGCGGACGCGAUGCCAGGCGAAACGGACGUGUACCCCAGUCAGACAAAUUGCUUAGCCCCUCACCGCAGCCAUCCUUCUCCAUAACGCCGCCGCAGACCCCCAAGCAAUCGCGCGGUAGCCGAGCUCGAACGGCAACGCCUGCUGCUCCGUCGCGCAUCCCAACCAUGUCAUUUAAGAAGCGCAGUGUUGGCAAAUCUCCAACCCCGUCCUCCUCGCGCGUGCAGAAAGACUCUAGCGACGUCGACAUGCUGUCCGACGACGAUGUAUCUCCCCGCUCCUCGUCCACAGCACGGAGCGCUACUCCUCCUAGUCGCCCACAACGCCGUCACGGUCGAGGACGAUACUCGGUUGCUGCCAUAGGCAACCCGCCCUACCAGCCACCCUCGACCCCUGAGCCUAGCCCCUACGACAUCAUCAGGGCCGACCCCGACAUCGUAGUCGCCCCGGAGGGCACUCUGAAGAGGGUGCAAGGUGACCGCGCCGACUUUAAGAAGGCUGGCAUGGAUCCUGGCCAGUCUAAAGCCUGGAACGACUACGGUAGAGACACCCCGCUAAUAGUCGCGCAGUACGCGGAGCAUGGAACGGAGGAAGCAGGAGUCAACGAACGAGUAUCCUUCCUCUACAAGCUAACCUCUCGCCUCUCCUCGAACGAGAAUGUCGUUGUCACCCCCGCACACGGAACUCUGGAGUCGCGGUUGCGGAGGAAUGGUGCCUUCGCGGCUGCCAACAGGGACCCUCUCUGGUACAGCAUUGAAGGUCUCAGCGAGGAGUGGUGCAUCGCCUUCGUCCGCGCAGCUUGGCUCCAUACCGCCGGCCACACCCUGAACUUCGUUCUCUGGCGUAACAAGAUUCCUUCCCUAUGCGCCGCCUUUCGCUACACCUUCCGCUUCAGGGCCAAGUCCAGGGAGGAAUACAUCGCGAUCGUGCGACGGGAGCUGCUCAGCGCCGAUGUCAAGAAGGUCGUUCUCGAGAUCCUCUUGAAGGACAUCGAGAGGGGCGGGCGUUGGAAGCGAUCGGCACGCGACGACGCCUUUGGCGACAUCCUGGACUCCGUCGAUGUACAGGUCGUGAGCUGCCGCGUCUCGGAACACACCUCUGAACCAGUUGCUUUCAUCUACAUCUCUCCUCCUACCGCUGACUGGAACGACUGGACGCGGUUCCGCGACACGAUCCAGAACCAUGGCUUCGGCUCGCCUGCGGCUGGUCACCCCAUUGCCUUCACACGCCGCGUAUACUGUACCUUCUGCCACUCUGUAGGCCACCCGUCUGGACACUGCCCGGUCAAGAAGUUCUUCUUCCCGCCGGAGGAAACUCAGCAACUGAACCCGCAACCGCCGACGAACGCGGGACGUGGCGGAAGCCGAGGUGGCCGUGGACGGGGCGCUGGCCGAGGCCGUGGAGGUAUGAGACGUGGCCUCUAA